ACUGUAUUAUUAUUAUUAUCUCGUUUCGGUUAUUUUUCUUUUUUUUCUUUUUUUCCUUUUUCAGAUAUUAUAAUAUCUUUCCUUUUUCGAUUUGCAUCUUCUCUCCCCCCCCCCUCUCUCUCUCUCUCUCUAAAUACUUGCGUCGCCGGAGUCCGCCCUCUCUUUGAUUACCCUAACAUCGGUUUAUGAGCUCGAAGGAGAAACCCACUCUCGGAGGCACGCGGAUUAAGACCCGCAAACGGAAUAUAGCUGCGCCCCUGGACCCUGCAGCAUUUUCGGAUGCAGUGGUCCAGAUUUAUUUGGAUAAUGCUGGUGAUCUGGAACUUAUAGCAAAGGCUAUUGAAUCUUCAGACCUUAAUUUUUCAAGAUAUGGUGACACCUUUUUUGAGGUGGUCUUCAGAGGGACCCGUACACAACCUGGCACAAUCAAACUUGACGAGGGGGAGCGCCAUCCUUACUCAAUAUUUGAGUGCGAGCCUACACGUGAAGUCAUUUUGCCAUCUGUGAUAUACAUACAGAAGCUUUUGAGGAGAAGGCCUUUCCUCAUAAAGAAUCUUGAAAAUGUUAUGCAAAAGUUCUUGCAGUCUUUGGAACUUUUCGAAGAGGAUGAAAGGAAGAAGCUUGCUAUUUUCACCGCACUUGCCUUUUCCCAGAAGUUGUCUGGUCUCCCACCCGAGACUGUUCUUCACCCACUACUCAAAGAUAACCUUGUUGCCAAAGGGCUAGUUCUCUCAUUUAUCACAGAUUUCUUUAAGGAAUAUCUGGUUGAUAAUAGCCUUGAUGACCUCAUUUCUAUUCUCAAACGAGGUAAAAUGGAGGACAAUCUUCUUGACUUCUUCCCAACUACAAAGCGGACACCUGAAGCUUUAUCGGAGCAUUUCACCAAGGAAGGGCUUCUACAGUUGGUCGAGUACAACGAAAAGAAGACAUUCGAGGUGAAGCUUAAGGAAAUGAAAUCUUCACUAACUACUCAGAUAGCAGAAGAAGCAGAUGUAACUGAAGUGAUAGAAACUGUGAAACAACAUGUCAAAGAUGCUAAAUUUCCUGAAAUCGAGGUUGUUCGCAUUCUUUGGGAUGUCUUGAUGGAUGCUGUCCAAUGGUCCGGCAAAAAUCAGCAGCAGAAUGCUAAUUCUGCUCUGCGCCAGGUGAAAACAUGGGCUAAGUUGCUGAAUGCGUUCUGCACAUCGGGAAAACUGGAGCUUGAACUUGUGUACAAAGUUCAGGUGCAGUGCUAUGAAGAUGCUAAGUUGAUGAAAUUGUUCCCUGAAAUAAUAAAGUCACUGUACGACCAAGAUGUUCUUGCUGAAGACACUAUCCUUCACUGGUUUGCUAAAGGAACAAACCUCAAGGGGAGGCAAAACUUUGUCAAGUCGCUGGAGCCAUUUGUAAAAUGGCUGGAAGAGGCGGAGGAAGAAGAAUAAGUUGUUGUUGAUGAUGGUUCGAUGGAUGGAUGUGUGUUAUUAUUAGCUUCCCGUGCUUCGGUUGCAUUUACUUUUUAUUUUUAUUUUUUUCUUUUUCUUGGAAUCAUCAAGAAAUAUUCUUGGAUAUGUUUGUGAUGAUGAUUUGGUAAUAUGGGAUGUUGUCGACAAAAUACUUGGGAAUUUUUUUUUCGUAAUAAGACAUAUUUGUGUUUGUGUGUUGA